AUUUAUGUAUGUACCUAUUUCGUAGCUGUCAUGUUAGACUGAAUUUUCCAGUCCUAAUCGGCCUAGUACCUUUUAAAUCUCCAAUCUACUUUAGGAAAAAAUAAAUAGCUUGAGAUUUUAUAGAUCAACGAAUGCCAUGUUAAACUCACCAGAUCCACCUAAUUAUCCAGAAAAUGAUAUUGGCUCUGAAAUAAUUAGUGAAAUAGCAAUGGGUGGAGAAGAAAGUGAGGAUGCAUCUGCUGACAGUGGAGAUGAAGUACCUGGCCAAAUUAAUUACUAUCAGUUACUGCCUCAGGAUAUUUCGACUGGAGAAAGUAAUGGGAAUGGGCAUUCUGUCGCAGAAGACACUUAUUCAUUGGAGCUUAAUGAACCACAGACUGUAGAAAAUGGAGCUGAGGCAACACUUCAAUCACCUAUCAAGGAACGUACGGAUAUUGAAGUGAAUGAUGAAGAAGUUAGAGCAGCAAUGCAGAAUAUUGUUUUACCACCGUCUGCUAUACCUCCAUGGGCUGUUAAUGUUCCAGAGUCCCAAUGGACUGCUUUCCUUCUUUCAAGGAUAACUAAUUUACGUACAAACAAUAAAUCGUAACCCUGUGAUAAUGUAUAUAUCUUUGUUUUUACCUCGUAGUAUAUAAAAUAUUGUGUUUGUGUAUAUAUUUUUAUAUAGUCCUUGUUUCAAUUGUAUAGAAAUCAAUAAUGUUAAGACAUAUUUGAAUUUGACUUAUUUUUCCUCUCGUAUCAGCCUUUCAUGAUGCCAUUUUCAAUUUUAAUUCUAAAUUAUUUUCCUGUUCCAUGAACCUUUUUUUUAUUAUUUGAAGGUUCAUCUGAUAUUAUAGCCUGAUAAACCUGAUGAAGUGACCCCUUACUUAGUCCUUAGAAGCCAAGUAUUGUUUAUAUUCUUAUUUAAAAUAAAAAAUUAUUGAAUAAUACUGUAAAAAUGUAUACAACAUAAAAAUUUCUUUAUAAGAAAUAUAAAAGCUUAAGAAAUUUUUAUUUGCAAUGUAUUUCAUUGGUCAAUGCUUCAUAGUUUGGAGAAUAUGAUUAUAAAAUGAUAAUUUGUAAGAAUAAAAUGAAAUUACCAACUUUGUAAUUUAGUUUUUGUUCUUGAAAAAAAAGAAGGAAAAAUGAUGAAGAUUGAUGUAAAAAUGUUAUAUCAAUAAAUGACUAUUUUCUAUGAAAAUAAAA